AUGUCGGACACUGAGGUCAAUAAAGAUACUCUAGUCACUUCCUCAGACCCCCAUCAUCCAGCGAACUUGAUUCCGGAGCUCUGCAGACAAUUCUACCACUUGGGUUGGGUAACUGGGACCGGAGGUGGGAUAACAAUUCGUCAAGGCAACACGGUUUACAUCGCCCCCUCAGGCGUCCAAAAAGAACGAAUCGAACCCUCUCACAUCUUCGUCCUUCCCUACCCCCAACCAUCUCCCAACACAGAUCGCAUCUUCCUCCGGCGUCCUAGCAUCUCUCUCAAAGAAUCCGCAUGCACACCUCUGUUCUGGAACGCGUUCGACUUGCGUGAAGCUGGUGCGUGUAUACAUACGCACUCCCAGCAUGCAGUUAUGGCGACGUUGUUGUGGCCGGGUAAGGACUUCCGGAUUUCGCAUCAGGAGAUGAUCAAAGGUAUCCGAAUAGCCGGGACUGGAACCGCACUAUCCUAUCUAGAUACCCUGGUCGUGCCAAUAAUUGAGAACACGCCAAACGAAGAGGACUUGAAAGACAGCAUGGCAGAGGCAAUGAAAGAAUACCCCGAUUCUGCAGCUGUUCUCGUAAGAAGGCACGGCAUCUAUGUCUGGGGUCUUGAUUGGCAGAAGGCGAAGACACAGACCGAAUGCUUAGAUUACUUGUUCGAGAUCGGCGUCAAAAUGAAGCUAGCAGGGCUACCAACGGUACUGGAUGAAGUCAACAAAUAAAUUAGAAGUACAUAUAGAAUAUCAGGUCAACGGAUUAUAAAAUCAAUACGAGAUGAUCAAAGCUACAUGGUCCAGGAGGUAAGAUAACACCACUAGAUACAUACCUAAACAUGUAUACCAGAAUCAGACGUCUUAUCUGGCUUGUCAACUUCUUCCUUGAAUCUGCUUCCACCUUGGUCAUUCUGAUGGGCUCGGGCGUCGCCAUCCUGCAGCUUCUCCUCGUUUGCCUUCUCCUGUUCAGCGACAAUCCGCUCCACCUCUCCACUACUAAGCUUCCGACCAUCAACCCUCAAGCUACUCGCACUCGAUCCAGCGCGUUUGGCUUGAUGCCGUUUUGGCGGCUCCCCACCACCUGCCAACUGUUUCUUCAACUCCUUCCGUUGCUUCUUCAGUGCCUGUAACUUGUCGUCGAAGCAAUGCAUUACAGUGACUCGUCCCAAAGCACCAAGGCGCCGUUUAUCUGCCAACCAGGCUUGCAAAAUCGGGAGAGUCGACUCUGGCGGACGAUAGGUUCCCGAAUCGUUGUCAAUCACAAGCUCGUAAUGUGCUGGAUCCUCGUCAUUUUCGUCGCUCUCAUGGGAUUCUGCAUCGCUCCGGUCCUGCUCGCCUUCUCCAGAACCAGCUGUAAUCCGCCUGACAAAGAACUCGCCCGCAUAGGCAACUAUCUGCUCCCCGUCUGCAUGCAUCAUAUGCUUGCUGAGGAAGUCAAUCGCGAAUUCGUCUCCUGUCUCACAGAAUCGCCACUGAGCAUCAAGGGUAAGUACGUAUGUCUGUAAGCGGCUUCCUCUCCCGUAGUUUACCAUCUUAAGGAACAGCUGUGCGAGUGCGCGGGACUUGUCUUCCUCUGAGCGCUGUGGCGCCGAGGAGGCUUCCGCACCGUUGGGACUGUCGUCUUCCUCUGACCCAAUUACGCCAUACAAUGUGCUCUUAUUGUACGAAUAAACAGUCCGAUACUGUUUACGUAGACUUUGGAAAAGUAUACGUCCAGAAAGACCGCGCUUAGCAUAGAGCAUCUUGAUAAACCAGUUGUAUCCGACAUAGUGAUGGUGCAAUUCUUUUGGUACAGGACCUGUCAGCUGGAGCUUGCACGCUACGAACGUCGACGCCGAAGCAGGCUUCUUCGCGUUCCCCGUUUCUUGUUUUGGUCCACUUGCUCUUCGAUUUACGACGGAACCUAUUAAGGGAGAAAAGUGUAGACUAUAUGCGUUCGGUCCUAUAGAGUGUACUCGAAAGUCAUUGGGAUCAUUCGUCUUUCCAAUCACUUUUGCACUGAGUACAAGGCGAUUGUGUUUCCUAACAUGGUGACGAGGGAGCAGUCCUUCCGCAUACGUCAUUAUAUAGGGUACGAUACUCCCGCGUCGCUUCUUGACCUUGAGCUCCCGUUCACGAAAUUCGUACCCCUCAUACAUCAUAUUCCUCGUAAAUUCUAACACCGCUCGUCCAAGACGGUCAUCGCGGUCCUUCGAAUCCUCGUCGACCACACCUAAUUUGAUUCUACACCCGUCUUGUGGGACUCCACCUAUGAGCCAACGGUCUUCCCAGACUGGAUCACGAGUAACGCGGACUGUUGGUGUUCGCCAACGAAGGCGUGGCUCUUCAGGUGGUUGGGGUCGUGAAGGUGCACUUAACGUAACAUGGACAUACGGGUCUGCAGAGAGGUUGUGGAAGUCGGCGAUGGGGACGUUCGCGGCGCG